CUCGCCGCUGCCAUGGCCACGCUGCGCUUCGGGGAGCCCCCGGCGGAGCCGCCCGCCCUGCCCGCGGGCAGGUGGGCGGGGGGCGGCGGGCCCGGCCCGGCCUCGCCCGCCCUUAGGGCGCUUCCCGCGGCGGAGCCGUCGGAAGGGACGCCGGCGGCCUCGCAGCGUCGGAAGCGGACCAGCUUCACGGCGGCGCAGCUGGAGACGCUGGAGCUGGUUUUCCAGGACACCAUGUACCCCGACAUCUACCUGCGGGAGAAACUGGCCGACGCCACGCAGAUCCCCGAGUCCCGCAUCCAGGUCUGGUUCCAGAACCGCCGCGCCAAGUCCCGCCGCCAGCGGGGCCCGCCCCGGCCCGGCCCCGCCGCGCCGCCGCCGGGCUGCCCGCGGCCGCCCCGCUUCGCCGCCCUGCGCGCCCCGGAGAGGCCCCGCUGCGCCCUCCCCGCGCUGGCCCGCACGGAGGACGGCUCGGCCCCCUACGCGUGGCCGCCGGCCGCCGGAUUCCCCCCCGGCCCCGGCUUCGAGGGCUUCCCGCCCGGCCAGCCCGGCGGCGCCGAGCCCGCCUCGUUCGCGGGGAGCGCCGCCGGCCCCUUCCCGCCGGGCCGCGCCUUCUGCGGGCAGUACUCGCCCGUGUCGGACGCCGAGGACACCAGCGGCUACUCGGAGUCGGGCUCCGAGUGGGAGGAGAACGCGCUCGGCGCCUUCCGCGCCCUCUGAGCGGCGGGACGCGGCCCGGGCCGGGCCAGGUGAAAGGCGCAGCCCCGGCCGCGCUGCGGAGCCCUCCCGCCGGAGCCCGUCCCGCGGUGCGCUGCUCGGGCGGGGAGCAGUCACACACCGCGCUACCUCACACCACUGCUGCCUGCCACUGAUGCACUUUAUCGGGUAGUAACUGAUUGUACCUAUUUAUUUAAGACAGAUACGGGUCGGCUCCAUCAGCUGAGGGCAUCCUUUUACACUGUAUUUAAAGCUUCCUUUUAUCAUGUUUAGUGUAUCUAUUUAACCUUCUUUAGCUAAAAAGCUAACCCAAACCCACUGUGUUUUGGGGCUGGGGGCUGGUCUUAGAAAAGAGUGACGGUCUGUCAGCGUUUUUUGACCAAGGAAAAUAAAAUAAAGGUUUACAUUUUUGAUCUGCUUUUGUGUGUACCUGGUACAGGGG